AUGAAUGAUAAAAAUGUUGCUCGAUUGUUUAAAAAUCAAAUAUUAGAAAAUCUACAUCAAAUUGAUUAUUUAAAAAAAUCUUCAUCAUUUUUUUAUAAUCUUGUAUGUCGUUUAACUGAAUCAUAUCGUCAUGAUCAAUAUAAUUUUGAUGCUCAUUUAGGGCCAUUUUGUUCAAAAGAUCAAAUAUUAAAUCUUUUAUCACAUUGGUCAAUUGAAUAUAUAGAACAAAUUGAUUCAUCAUCUUUAUUUCGUUCAAAAUUAAUUUACUAUCAACCUUUUAUUACUAUCCAUUUAAUUCAAUGUGAUUUAAAUGAAAAGAAAAAAAAUAAUGGAACAUUUUCAAAUUAUUUUCAAAGAAAACGACGCACAAUUAAAUAUCAAACAUUUUGGGAUAUUGAUGGAUCCGAUCUGGAUGCAUUUAUAUUUCCUCGUUCAUUUUCUCUUGAUUAUUAUAGUCAUCUAUCUUUUGCUUUAUAUGAUAGUAGUCGAAAACAACGAAAAUGGUUAUUUGAUAUUGUUAUUAAUGAACAAUAUGGGGAAAUAACUACACCAUUUUCUCUUCAUUUAAUAUUUCAAUAUAAAACAAAUAAAGCUAUUUCUGUAAAACAACGUUUAUCAUUAAUUCGUUAUCAAUUAAUGACACAAGAUAGUUUUGAUCAAUUUUUAAUUUUAUUUAACCAAACUAGCUCAAAUGUACAUCAACGUGAACAAAAUUAUAUUCUUUUUCUUCAAUGUGCUUUUUCAAUAAAUGACGAACAAGUUAGAAAUAUUCUUCAAUGGAUUCAAAAACGAUUUACUAAUGAACGAUUUACUGAUGAACGACUUACUAUUAUUGAAACAUUUCUACGUACUUUAUCUGAAUAUAAUAAUCGAGUUCAAAUUAAAAUUUUAUCAAUUCAUUUCGAAACAAUCGAAGCCAUUAUUGAACUUGCUCUCAAUCAUCUUGAUCAAUCUCAAAAUACACUACAAAUUAUUGUUAAUUAUGGAUUAUUUUUACUUCACCGUGUUGAAUAUCAUCCAAAUACAGAACAAGUGGAGCAAAUUGAAAUACUCGCUUGUAAAAUCAUCAAAAGGUAA